UGAGCUUGUGAGAACGGGCGUGCUUGUGUGUGUUUGUGUGCAUGAGUACGAGAGAGAGGUGCGCGCGAGUGUUCGUAUCCAUCCACCAGAGAGGAUUUCCACCGAACGUCGGUUUCGAGAUGUCCGGAGGACCUCCGCACCAUUCCCACAACAGGCAGGCGCCACCCGGCGGAAAUGCCGCGUGGAAUCACUUGCAGGUACCGAACUAUUUCCCGAGGAGUCAGCCGCAGCAUGCUCACAUGUCCAAUGAGCAUCCGCAUAUGCACCAGGCACCGACGUGGCAUACGCCGACCACGGAACCGCUGAAGACGCCGAUCCAACCGUCGCACAUCUUCAACCUGGAGCAGAUGCUGUCGGAGAGGCCGUUCCCGCGUCAUUCGCCCGGCGUCGACUUGAGCGUGACGCGCAACGGCAGCCAGAACGGUGACAUCCCCGCAGCCCCGAUCAGCCUCAGCGUGCGCGACACCAAUAAGAUCAACAGUCUGGCGGCGAGCGCCCUCGAAAUCCAGGGAAACGAGCUCAAGUCGCUCAGCCCGGGACUGAAGUCGUCGAGUCCAGGCCUGAAAUCGGCCAGUCCCAGUCUCGCGCCGGAGAAGAGUCCCAAAUCCACGAAGAAGGCGAAGCGAGUCGAUUCGAUAUUGGAGCGACUCAAUCCACAGCAGGCGCCCGUCGAACCUAUUGAGAAACCGUCGCCGCCACUUCAACAACAUCAUCAUCACCACCACCUGCAACAGCAACCACAACAACUGCACCAUCCCGAGGAGAAGAGCGUGGUGGCGCAGAGCAGCGUGAUAGUGCAGGCGAGCAGCUCGCACGAUGAGAACUCGAACUCGAGCAGCAUCAGACGCGAGGACGAGGUCGUGUCACCGUACAGCAAUGAGGACAGUCUGGACUCGAACAAGAGUCGACGGAAAAGGAAACCGAGCAAGACGAUAAGGGUACCGGCGACCGCCAAGGAACCAGAGGCGACAGAGCCUCCGCCCAAAACGGUCGAUCUACCGCCGCCAGUUGAAGAAGAACUAGAACGACCGGUCAUCGCCGAAACCCCCAAGGAUGUCGAGAACGAGAAGAAGAUACCGGAACGACGAAAAUCCGAGUCGCCGGUGGCCCGAAAGACCCGCAGAAAAACGUCAUCGGAAUCGGAGACAAUAGACAAGAUCGCGGCGAUGGUGCAGGAGACAGCGAAGAAAACGGAAACUCCACCACCCACGACGACGGCGACAACAACAACAACGAUGAUGAUGAUGACCACCACGACGACGACAACUUCCUCGACCGCAACGACGACUCCAACGACGGACGUUGUCAGAAAGGAUUUUGUUGAGGAUAAGUUGCAGGAGAUGUUUGCCGGUUUGGAGGAUGCGGAAGGACCGGAAACCGUUCUAUCGACGAAUGCGGCAGCUGCGGUCGGAAUCGUCGUUACGGACGACCCGAAAGCCACCAAUUUCGACCUCAACAAUUUGGCGAUAACGCCCUCGACCAGCCACGACAACGUCACUUCCACGUCUGGUGAUGUAACAGCAAGCGGUAGCAAGAAGCGUAACCAGAAGAAGCGCAAACUCAGUUCGGGCAAACGAAUGGACAAGAAGAAAAAGGUGCCCAAGAGGAAUCUGGCCAACAAAAUAACAGAAAUCACACCCAAGAAGACCAAUUCCAAGAAGGUUAAUGGUAAGGCGAAAAUCGAGGUGAUCAAGGAUGUUUAUGCGUACGAUUCCGGUAGCAACGCGUCGAGCAGCAAGUCGCGUGGGCCGUUCGUACAGAUCCGAGGUCCACGCGAUUCUCCGUUGAGUGUGAGUGUGAUAAAUACGCCCGUAAACGAGGACGAGUCUGAUCGGAAGGGUGGAAGCAAGUCGAAAAAGUUCCACGACGACUCUGAGUACAGGCACAAGGUGCGAUCGAAGGGACUACACUGCAGCACGCUGAGCAACAAGUACGACGCGCAGACGAAGGAUGCGACGUGGAUCUGCGUCUUCUGCAAGCGAGGUCCAUAUUCGAACGAGUUCAGUCGGGGAGUGGUCGGCUUCUACACGCCCGGAGACCUCUUCGGUCCGUAUGUUAUUACCAGUAACUGCGCCGAGUUCGAGCGGCGACUGGAGGAUCCGUACGACAAGCAAUUCAAAAGUAAAAAAGUGUGCAGGACAUUGGACGGUUUGGUGAGCCCCAAGGCGUCGACGGCAGCAGCGGGUGCAUCGACGGGAACGACCAAGAAGAAAAGCAGGAAGGUGUCGGAGAACAACGAGGACGUCGUCGGCGGUGGUUUUGGAGGCGGUGGCGGCGGCGGCGGUCUCGGAACAGGCAGCGACAUGCUCGGCAUCACGCAGAUGGACGAGAAGAGCUACGAGAUAUGGGCGCACGAGGACUGCGUCGUUUGGGCGCCCGGCAUCUACCUGGUCGGACCGAAGAUCGUCGGUCUCGAGGAGGCCGUCUGGACGAGUUCGAACGUCGGCUGUUCCAGGUGUCAUCUGAAAGGGGCGAACAUUUGCUGUCUGCGUCGAGGCUGUCCAAGUGUCGUGCAUUUAGGCUGUGCCGUUCUGCUCAAUUGGCAGCUCGACGAGGACAACUACAAGGCGUACUGUUUGGAGCAUCGGGUGUGAUUCUACGUAAUCUCGAACUGGAAUACUAUAUCUCCGCAAAAAUGUCACCACAACCACCACCACCACCCCAAAACCCCGCGUACCCCGCGCAUUGUAAAUACGGUGAAUGAAGAAGAAAGGAAUCAUAAGUUUUGUUUUCGUGUUCAACACCAUCACCACCUCUAUCCAUCCCAGCGCCGGUCAAUCCUCAUCCAACGUUUGUUUUUUCUCUCCGCGAAAAUAAAAGCGGAUCCUUGCAGAUUGAAAGCAUCGAUUCCAAAUCAAGAACAAUAUACAUUGUAUGUAUGUAGAUAUGUACACACACGCCGCGUACACAUUAUAAUAUUAGAGCCGUUUUAAGCGGACUGACAUCGUGCAGCAUCUCGGUCGGAAAAGUUGAUGAUUAAUGAAGACUGAAUGAUCCGCCAGGUUGCUGUGGAACAUAGACUUCUUCUGCUUCUCUCUCUCUCUCUGGGUGUGUAUCUGUUCAUGUCUUUUCAUAUUCAUGACGACUUCAACGAUUUAUUUCCACCGAGCUACUGCUCCUUUGGAAUACUAUGAAGUGUGUGUGCGCGUUCGGCAGAGUAUGAUGUAAAGGAGAAGCUCGCAGAAUCUCAACAUUUCGCGCGUACUUUUCCUGUGCUCUUCAAAUGCAACAAGAACAAACGUGUAUUAGUGAUUUUGUAAAUAUUGUAAUUUAAUUAGGGACGACGACGACGAUGAGUUAUUGAUGAAAUGAAGAGGAGAGAACGACGAUCGCGAAUGGUGAUGGUUUCUUGCAUAUGAAGAACAGUGAGAGAGAGAGAGAAACUGUGAAUUCUGGAUUUGUGCGAGAAGAAAAAACUUGAAAACUUAAAAACAAAAGAGAAGAGACACAGAGACAUAUUUUGUACAGGUUAUUUUGUAUGCUAGCUGUUUAGAUCCUCUGGUGACCACUCAACCCUCAAUACAACCAACAGCCCCCCCAACCUCCCCCCUCAUCCACCGCGAUCCUUCUAAUCCUUUUACUUUCUUAUUUCCUCUUUUAAGUUUAUACAUUUCCGUCAUUGUACACAUAAACACACACACACACACAUACAUAC